AUGGAUAAAGUCAAUUCCUCAGUGGUAUCUGAGUUUGUAUUACUGGGACUUUCUAGUUCUCAGAAACUCCAGCUUUUCUUUUUUGUUUUCUUUUCUGUGUUGUAUGUGAUCAUUGUGCUGGGAAACCUUCUUGUUAUCAUCACAGUGACUUCUGAUCCCAGCCUGCACAACCCUAUGUACUUCCUCCUCGGAAAUCUUUCCUUUGUUGACAUCUGUCAGGCUUCUUUUGCUACCCCUAAGAUGAUUGCGGAUUUUCUGAGUGAGCACAAGACUAUAUCCUUCAGUGGCUGCAUAGCCCAGAUUUUCUUCAUUCACCUUUUUACUGGAGGGGAGAUGGUGCUACUUGUCUCCAUGGCUUAUGACAGAUAUGUAGCCAUCUGCAAACCCCUACAUUACCUGGUCAUCAUGAGCCAAAAGACAUGCACUGUCAUGGUAAUAAUCUCAUGGGCCGUGGGCCUGGUGCACACAUUAAGCCAGUUAUCAUUUACUGUGAAUCUGCCAUUUUGUGGACCCAAUGUGGUAGACAGCUUUUUUUGUGACCUUCCUCGAGUGACAAAACUUGCCUGCCUGGAUUCUUACAAAAUUGAAAUUCUAAUUGUGGUCAACAGUGGAAUUCUUUCUCUAAGCACUUUCUCUCUCUUGGUCACUUCUUAUAUUAUUAUUCUUGUCACGGUCUGGUUUAAGUCUUCAGCGGCAAUGGCUAAGGCAUUUUCCACACUGGCCGCCCACAUCACAGUGGUAAUGUUGUUUUUUGGACCUUGCAUCUUCAUCUAUGUGUGGCCCUUCACCACUUAUCCUGUGGAUAAAGUUCUUGCCGUAUUUUACACCAUUUUCACCCCCAUUUUAAACCCCAUUAUUUAUACACUAAGAAAUAGGGAUAUGAAGGCUGCAAUGCGAAAAACCAUGACUCACUAUCUGAGGCCCAAUAAAAGGAGAGAUGAAAGGCAGGCUCAGAAGAGACUGAAAAUACAUUGGUGGUUAUUGGUUCAUUCACAAAGGCCAGGUCUUGGUGUGACAGAGUUACACUUUGAUUACCUGUUACUUAAAAGAAGUAAAGAAACUACAGUCUCAUGUCACGGGAUAGUGCCACUCUUAGCUCCACAUGAUGCUGUCCACCUGAACUGGGGGACAAUGAUCAUAUUCUUCUGUGUUGACUGUGUUAUAAAUGGACUUGAUAGAAACAUACAAGAGGCCACUUUUGUUAACAAAAAGGGAGGCAUUGCUGAAAAAGAAGCAAAUAUGGAAUUUGAAAACUAA